AUGAGUUCUGACAUAUCACUUGCUGCUAGUAAUGCGCUUGACGCCGAAAGAGAACUACUACGAUGUUUAGCUGAGAAGGAACCGACGUUCGCCGAGAUCUCGCACUUCCUAACAACGUCAGUACCCGAUUGCUUGAACCAGUGCGCCCCUGGCCUGCGCUUACAUGGACAAUUCAUUAGAUUCCGCUCCGCAUGCCAGAAUGCCAUCCUACUCAACUUUGAAAUGGCUCGCGACCUCGACAUGGAGGAUCCCGAUGUCGAGAGUCGACUCUGGGAUGCGCACGUGAAACUCAACAGUCGGUUUCGCAAGCUGCUCUCUCGCCAUCGCGAAGAGAACUCGAAGAAGAAGCCGGUAGAGAAACGGAAGCUCGAGAAGCAUUACCUGGACUUCAUCAAAUCAAGCCAGCGAUUCUACCGGGGCUAUAUCCAGCACUUAUCGUCGCAUUUUGGCGGCAUUGUUGAACUGGAUAAAGUUGCGCGCAAGUUCAAUUUUGAGAGUGCGCAAAUCUCUAAAACCAAGCUGCUUUCGCAAUGGUUGGGUACUGACAAUAAAACUCCCCUAGAUCUCUCUGCAUAUCCUUCGUCUACGGUUGCGCCUGAGUUGCGCAACCGAAUCCUCAAGUCUUGCCAUGCCACCCUUAAUCGACUUGGCGACCUCUCUCGAUACCGGGAGACUGAACUAGCCAGCAAGGUCCGCAAUUGGGGACCCGCAAUUGGAUAUUAUGACUUGGCUUUAGCGAUUUAUCCUGCAUCGGGCGCAUCGCAUAACCAGCUGGCAGUCAUUGCUCUUGUAGAUGGCAAUCAUUUCCGGGCCACGUAUCACCUUUACCGGGCACUGUCUGCCCAGGAGCCUCAUCCCUCGGCCAGGGGAAAUCUGGAGAUUGAGUUCCGGAAAGUCAUGAAUGCGUGGGCGAAAAGGGAGCUGAUUCGACCUGAGGAUGCUAGAAUUCCAGGAAAAGCGUUGUAUUCCUGGUUUGUCUAUCUCCAUGCCCAAUGCUACAAGGGAAACGACUUUCCCGAGCUUGACGAACUCGAGAGUGAGGUCAUGAGCCAGCUUGCAGUUGAAAUCAGAGAGCGGUCUCUUGAAGGAACGCUUCAAAAGAUUUGCAUGGUCAACAUAGCUGCGGAAGCCUUUGCCCGAGCCCGGUCAGUUGAAGAGCCUGUCUCGAAUGCAUGCGUCUUCUUGCAACGGAUCAAUGUGAAAACGUUUUUCACAUUGCUACAAAUCCUUUUGGUUGAAUUAGAGCGCUUCGCAGUUGAAGACUCGAGCAACAAAGAUUCCAAAAAUGGUUCCGACAAGGUUACCGUCGUCGCGCGUCGGAUCAUGCCUGCGCUGCGGCUUUACAGCUCCUGGCUUGGUACCACUAGCGACCUCUUGGUUGCGCAGAAGGAAGAGAAGGAUUCUUCUCUGUCAAUUCAAAUCCAAGAAUUCUGGAAAAUUUAUGCAGGAACUUUGACCCUCUUAGCCUCGACAUUUGACAUUACGGGUGAUGUCACAGACAUUGACUAUCUGCUUGAAGAAGAUGAGGAAAGUCUUGGCUUUGCCCCUCUGGGUGAUGCAAUAUCUUCGAGCCGAAUUACUGGCGACGAUGAACAGCUUAAGCCUCGGAUGACCGACCCGGGUGUCGAAAGAAGUCAUCCUAACAUGGAAAUGCUUUACAGAGUCCGUGCGUUCGUGAUCGACGGCCUCUAUCUGGUCGUAGGAAAGAAAAUUCCUAUUGCUCUAGUAGAUGACGAAGAAAAGAACAUCUUCGUUUACCAAGAGGAGGGACUGCCAUCUCAGUUUUUCUCAAGCCCCCCUGGUCGUGAGAACACUCUCUCAGCUGCCAACAUUGAACGAGAGGACAUCCCGCAACCUGCUAAGAAUCCAAACUCAGUUGGAGAAGGGCUAAGCAUUUUUGGUGGUUCCCAGUCUGCGUCCGCAUCUAUUUCUGCCAACAUGUAUCGCAUUGUUGAAGAUAUGGAGCGGUUGGUUGAGUCUGACACGUGUGAGGACGCACCGCCGGUUUCUGAUCAAUUCGCCUUCAUGAACGACCCUCGAGCUAUGGCUGCACCAUCUGUGCAUGUUAAAUCGUCUACCAACAGUUUCCCUUAUUCCGACUUUGCUGCUCCCAUGGCUCCCCCUGGGCUUGGUCCGCCGGUCGUUAAUGCUGCAGACUCUCUCCGUGCAUCCGCACCUCGGUCUUUUACGCCCAUGCCCACCAUUCCUAGUAUUCCAAGCAUAUGGAAUGACACAUCCGCAGGCCCACUGCGAAAUGGUCCAUCCCCCAGAACUCCCCCGGGUCUUGGCCAACAGCCUCCUCCGCAUGCGACGAAUGGUUCGAACAUAAACGUCUCAGAGCUAUCCCCAUCCCAGCAGCAGAUUGAAAGUGAGCUGCGCCAGUACAAUUUGAGAAAUCAGAACCAGCUCACGGGCUCUCUCGAUGCAAAUGGAUCAAUGGCUUCUUCGUGGAUGCCACCACCUGGCCUACCCACCGCACAAUCUCGUCCUAUUUCUACCACUUGGGAUCGCGAUCCUUUGGCCCCCAUGACACUUGGCUCGUAUUCUAAUGCCACUCCAAACCAGUCAUGGGCCAAUAAUGCGUUUAUUGCCAGCAGCCUGGCAUCGGGUGCUGGAAACUACAACUCUCCAUUUAGCGGCAACCGCAAGUCAAGCACCCAGCUUGGUGCAAUUGGUCAAACUCCUCCAUGUGGUCAGGGAGGCUGA